CAAGAACCCCCUCCAGAAACUCACACACUGGCACGGCGGCACACGCACAACACAAAAGCCAGCACCUUUUUCCCGGCCGGUCUCUAGCUGACAACGCCAUGAGCGCCAUGGACACGGCCGUCUCGCACAACGCCACGACGGCGGCGGUGACACUUGGGGCCGGCAGCAGCGGCCUCGCGGGCCUGCUCCCGGAGGUGCAGAAGCUGGAGCUGCUCGUGGCGGUUUCCAUCUUCGUGGCGUUCCACUCGCUGCGGCAGCGGCGCGCGCAGGGGCUGCCCUCGUGGCCGCUUGUUGGCAUGCUCCCGUCCCUCCUCCUUGGCCUCCGAGGGAACAUGUACGAGUGGAUCACCGGCGUGAUCAAGGCGCGCGGCGGCACCUUCACGUUCCGCGGGCCGUGGUUCACAAACCUCCAGUGCGUCGUCACCGCCGACCCGCGCAACCUCGAGCACCUUCUCAAGACCAAGUUCGGGAGCUUCCCCAAGGGCCCCUACUUCCGCGACACCGUGCGCGACCUCCUCGGCGACGGCAUCUUCGGCGCCGACGACGAGGUGUGGCGGCGCCAGCGCAAGGCGGCCAGCCUCGAGUUCCACUCCGCCGAGUUCCGCGCGCUCACCGCGAGCUCGCUAGUCGAGCUCGUGCACCGCCGGCUGCUCCCCGUGAUGGCCGACGCCGAGGCGGCCGGCAGUGCCAUCGACCUCCAGGACGUGCUCCUCCGCCUCACGUUCGACAACGUCUGCAUGAUCGCCUUCGGCGUCGACCCGGGCUGCCUCAGCCCGGGCCUCCCCGAGAUCCCAUUCGCCCGCGCGUUCGAGGACGCCACCGAGGCGACCAUCGUGCGCUUCGUCACGCCGACCACGGUGUGGCGCGCGAUGCGCGCGCUCGGCGUCGGGCACGAGCGCGUGCUCCAGCGCUCCCUGGCCGGCGUUGACGCGUUCGCUUACGACGUGAUCCGCAAGCGCAAGGAGGAGCUCGAGACCGCGGCCGCCGCCGGCCGCGGCCCCGAGGCCGGGCGGAGGUCGGACCUGCUGACCGUGUUCACCAAGAUGCGCGACGAGGACGGCAGCCCCGCGUACUCGGACAAGUUCCUGCGUGACAUCUGCGUCAACUUCAUCCUGGCCGGCCGCGACACCUCGUCCGUGGCGCUCGCGUGGUUCUUCUGGCUGCUCGGCAAGAACCCGGGCGUGGAGGCCAAGAUCCUGGAGGAGAUCGAGGGCAUCGUCGCGGCGCGGAAGGCGCCGGCGACCGCGGGUGAGGUCGAGGAGGAGCUCGUGUUCCAGCCCGAGGAGGUGAAGCGGAUGGAAUACCUCCACGCCGCGCUCUCCGAGGCGCUCCGGCUCUACCCGUCCGUUCCCGUUGACCACAAGGAGGUUGUGGAGGACGUGGUGUUCCCGGACGGGACGGUGCUGAAGACGGGCACCAAGGUGAUCUACGCCAUGUACGCCAUGGGGCGGAUGGAGAGCAUCUGGGGCGAGGACUGCAGGGAGUACAGGCCGGAGCGGUGGCUCCGGGACGGCCGCUUCAUGAGCGAGUCCGCCUACAAGUUCACCGCCUUCAACGGGGGGCCGCGCCUGUGCCUCGGCAAGGACUUCGCCUACUACCAGAUGAAGUUCGCCGCCGCGUCCAUCCUCCACCGCUACCGCGUCGACGUCGUCGAGGGGCACCCCGUGGCGCCCAAGAUGGCGCUCACCAUGUACAUGAAGCACGGGCUCAAGGUGACGCUGAGCAAGAGGGACAAGAGCAAGCUCUGAGCUACUCCAUCCAGAGUGUUUGCCAAUAAGGGUCAGGAGGAAGACAUGAAGGAAGCAAGGCUGCUUUCAGAUGCAGAUGUGGUCUGCAAGUUUGUGCCACUUUAUGAGAGGAAGUUGAUGGUGCCGUGUGAAAAGAUUUCCUCCGUCUUUUUUUUUGUUUCUUCCUUUGUAGUGCGACUAUUAUUAAGUAUUUGAUUUUGUUUUGUUUACACAUAGUGUAGACAAGUACCGGCAAUAUAGAACAUCUGUAUAUUAUGUGUGAUGAUGAUACACUUAAAGCUUCAGUUGAUGUCACUGGUAUAUUUUGGCAUUAUUAUUUUAGUACAACAGCUGUAAGAUGUGAUGGCAUCUAUUUGAAUAAAUGUGCUCCGAAUCAGCUAUUUUUACUACCAA